CCGCACCAUGUCGGACACCCGUCGGCGGGUGAAGGUCUACACCCUCAACGAGGAUCGGCAAUGGGACGACAGGGGCACCGGGCACGUCUCCUCCACCUACGUGGAGCGGCUCAAGGGGAUGUCGCUGCUGGUGCGCGCCGAGUCGGACGGUUCACUACUGUUAGAAUCGAAGAUCAAUCCCAAUACUGCGUAUCAAAAACAGCAGGAUACCCUGAUUGUGUGGUCAGAAGCAGAAAACUAUGAUUUAGCACUGAGUUUUCAAGAAAAAGCUGGUUGUGAUGAAAUUUGGGAAAAAAUCUGCCAGGUCCAAGGUAAGGAUCCUUCAGUGGAAGUCACACAGGACCUUAUUGAGUCAGAAGAGGAACACAUAGAAGAAAUGCCUGAAACGAGUCCUUUGAUUGACCUUCCUACUUGUGAACUCAACAAACUUGAAGAGAUUGCUGACCUAGUUACCUCUGUUCUCUCCUCACCCAUCCGUAGAGAAAAGCUAGCACUGGCCUUGGAGAAUGAAGGCUAUAUUAAAAAACUAUUACAGCUUUUCCAAGUCUGCGAGAAUUUAGAGAACACCGAAGGCUUACAUCAUUUGUAUGAAAUUAUUAGAGGAAUUUUGUUCCUCAACAAAGCAACUCUGUUUGAGGUGAUGUUUUCUGAUGAGUGUAUUAUGGAUGUUGUUGGAUGCCUUGAGUAUGAUCCUUCUUUGGCUCAGCCAAAACGGCACAGGGAGUUCUUGACCAAAACAGCAAAAUUUAAGGAGGUUAUUCCUAUAACAGACUCUGAACUCAGGCAAAAAAUCCACCAGACUUACAGGGUACAGUAUAUUCAGGACAUCAUCUUGCCAACACCAUCUGUUUUUGAAGAGAAUUUUCUUUCUACCCUCACUUCCUUUAUUUUCUUCAACAAAGUUGAGAUUGUCAGUAUGUUGCAGGAAGACGAGAAAUUUUUGUCUGAAGUUUUUGCACAAUUAACAGAUGAAGCUACGGAUGAUGACAAACGAUGUGAAUUGGUUAACUUUUUCAAGGAAUUCUGCGCGUUUUCUCAGACGUUACAACCUCAGAACAGAGAUGCGUUUUUCAAAACUUUGGCAAAGUUGGGAAUUCUUCCAGCUCUUGAAAUUGUAAUGGGAAUGGAUGAUCUGCAAGUUAGAUCUGCUGCUACAGAUAUAUUUUCUUAUCUAGUAGAAUUUAGUCCAUCCAUGGUCCGAGAAUUUGUAAUGCAAGAGGCCCAGCAGAGUGAUGAUGAUAUCCUCCUCAUCAAUGUGGUCAUUGAGCAGAUGAUCUGCGAUACUGAUCCUGAACUUGGGGGAGCUGUUCAGUUGAUGGGGCUCUUGCGUACUCUGAUAGAUCCGGAGAAUAUGUUGGCCACAGCUAAUAAAACGGAAAAAAGUGAGUUUCUCAAUUUCUUCUACAACCAUUGUAUGCAUGUUCUUACUGCACCGCUUCUGGCUAAUACAUCAGAAGAUAAAUGUGAAAAAGACGCAGUAGUUGGGUCCACUAAGAGUAAUACAAUUUGUCCCGAUAAUUAUCAAACGGCACAACUACUUGCCUUAAUUUUGGAGCUGCUUACUUUUUGUGUGGAACACCACACAUAUCACAUCAAGAAUUACAUUAUGAACAAAGACUUGCUAAGAAGAGUACUGGUCUUGAUGAAUUCAAAACACACAUUUCUGGCCUUGUGUGCUCUUCGCUUUAUGAGGAGGAUAAUUGGCCUAAAAGAUGAAUUUUACAACCGUUAUAUCACCAAGGGAAACCUGUUUGAACCAGUUAUAAAUGCUCUGUUGGAUAAUGGAACUAGGUACAAUCUGCUCAACUCUGCAGUGAUUGAGCUGUUUGAGUUCAUCAGAGUGGAAGAUAUUAAGUCCCUUAUUGCACAUAUAGUCGAAAACUUUUAUAAUGCACUUGAAUCUAUCGAAUAUGUUCAGACAUUCAAGGGACUGAAGACAAAAUAUGAGCAAGAAAAAGACCGACAAACCCAGAAACUGAACAGUGUUCCAUCUAUAUUGCGUAGCAAUAGAUUUCGCAGAGAUGCCAGAGCCUUAGAGGAGGAUGAAGAAAUGUGGUUUAAUGAAGAUGAGGAGGAAGAAGGUGAAGCUGUUGUACCUCCGGUUGAGAAGUCAAAACAGGAGGAUGAUUUUCCAGAUAGCUAUGAAAAAUUCAUGGAAACUAAAAAAGCUAAGGAGAGUGAAGACAAAGAGAAUCUUCCAAAAAGGACUUCAGCUGGGGGAUUCAAAUUCACUUUUUCCCACUCAGCCAGCGCAGCCAAUGGUGCAAAUGGUGCAAACAGUAAAUCCGUGGCAGCUCAGACGUCACCAGCAAGCUCCAACGGCUCCUCUUCAAAGAACACAACCCUGACCACAGCGGUGACGGCCACGAAGGGAAGUCUAGUUGGCCUAGUGGAUUAUCCUGAUGAUGAAGACGAUGAUGAAGAGGAGGAGACAUCUCCAAGGAAAAGACCUCGUCUGGGUUCAUAAAUGAAACCAAAACUUUGGAAUAAAAACUUUUAUUAUGGGGUUUCAAAUGCUGCAACUGUUUUAAGAGCUAAAAAGAAUCUGUUUCAGAAAGCUUUCUUCCAUGAGUAUAUAAGAUAAUACAAGGAGUAGCAAAGGAAACUCAGUGUAUCAGCUAGAAAGGGUUAGUUCUGUAAACACAAAGCUUCCAAGGAACUUAAUAUCUUUCUAGUAAGCAAGGAGUCUGCCAUUCAGGCUGUCAAAAAAAAGAAAAAUGAAAAAAAAAGUGGGUUAGUAUUCACAGAACCUGGAUGAGGGCUUCUCAGCAAGGAAAGUCUCAGGU